GACAGUCCAUGGUUUAUUUCGUGUUAUCUUUGCACGCGUUGCCUGCAGGUAAUUAGUUGCCCUUUUGCGUGCUUCUUUGGUGAAAAAGUUGCCACAUUUAUGACCUGCAUUUUAUACAUUUAGGAAAACUCUUCAUUCCACUUGUCAGGAAGCAUAUUUCCUCCACAGUGACUGAUACUUUCGCUCACCUGUUUGUCACUUUUCAAUCAUUAUGGCAACGCGCGUUCGCCCGAGCAACAAACGGUGUGCAGUCAUCGGGGGGUCUGGCUUCCUGGGCAGACACUUGGUGGAGAAGCUGCUGGAUCGAGGCUACUCUGUCUCUGUGUUUGACAUCCGCCAGAGCUACGAGCUGCCCGGUGUCACCUUCCACCAGGGAGACCUCUGCGACACACAGGCUCUGCUGCCAGCUAUGAAGGACGUGUCCCUGGUCUUCCACUGUGCCUCCCCAGCCCCUUCCAGCGAUGACCGCCAGCUAUUUGAGAGGGUCAACAUUCAGGGCACACGCACACUCAUUCAGGCCUGCAUCGAGGCUGGAGUACAGAAACUGGUCCUGACAAGCAGUGCCAGUGUGGUGUUUGAAGGGACGGACGUUAAAAAUGGGAGAGAGGAUCUACCAUACGCCAGGAAGCCCAUCGACUAUUACACAGAGACCAAAAUUGAGCAAGAAAAGCUGGUCCUUGAGGCUUGUGACAAGGAGAAAGGUUUCCUCACAGUUGCCAUCCGGCCUCAUGGCAUCUUUGGCCCUCGGGACCCACAGCUGGUUCCUAUUCUAGUGGACACGGCUCGCAGGGGGAAGAUGAAGUUCAUCAUUGGUGACGGGACCAAUCUGGUGGACUUCACCUUUGUGGAGAAUGUAGUCCAUGGCCACAUCCUGGCUGCUGAACGCCUGAGGCCGGACUCGCCCAUAUGUGGAAAACCAUACCACAUCACCAACGACGAGCCUGUUAGAUUCUGGGACUUCAUGUCUGAGGUGUUAGUGGGUCUGGGAUACGCUGCUCCCCGCUACCACCUCCCCUACACUCUUGUGUAUGGCCUGGCCUUGCUCCUCUGGCUACUGGCCCUGAUCCUGCGCCCUCUAGUGUCCUUUAAACCAACCUUUACACCAAUGAGAGUGGCUCUGGCUGGAACCCAUCACUACUACAGCUGUGAACGUGCCAAGCAGGACCUGGGCUACAAACCGGUGGUCAGUCUGAAGGACGGCAUAGCACGCACAGUGCAGAGCUACCCUCACCUCAGACAAGGAGCAUGAUGGUAGAAUGGAGGCGAAGACUGUUGAGACAUGUAAGGCUGUGCAGUUACACUCACUCUUGUAUAAGGUGACCCUGAAUGGACAAUUCAAAACGAGGCAACAGAAAGUUUAUCUUUAUCCAAACCUCACAAUGUGUAGCAUAUUAGUGCCUUUUCAUCGUUUAUGUACCAUUUUCACCAGGAGAUGGCAGCAAGUCAUUUUGAUUUUGGUCAACAUAUUGCAGUCUGGCCUAUCCAAAGUUUUCAAGCACUUGGUGAACAGUUAAAUCAACUGUUAAAUAUACUGAUCUCAUACUGUGAAACAUGUGAAGACUUAGAAAUAUUUCUGUACAUUGUCAUCUUGUUCUGUACACACAUUGAGAUGCUGCUGUUUAUGUCAAAAUGCCUUAAUACAUUCCACUAAAACACGAUUCUCCCAGUACAAGUUGCGUGAAAAUAUUGUUUCAAGUGAUGACUGACUCUCCAUGAUAUGGCCAUAAGUAUGUGGACAGGGUUAUGGUUAUGUGUAUUUAUGUCCAACUUUUGACAACAGUUUGGGAUUGUCCCUUUAUUGUUUCAAAAGGACAAUACGUCUAAGCACAACACCACAUGCCUAAAGAAUGUUUUCUGCGCUUUUUGUUGAGGAACUUGACUUGCCAGCACAAAGCUCUGACCUCAUUCUCAUCAAACGGCUUUAGGAUGAAUAGCAAUGACGACUGAGAGGCCUUUUCACCAGGUUCCAAAAUCUUGUGGAAAGCAUUCCUAGAAGUGUGAACACUGCAUGAUAUUA